AUGGAUGAUUUAGACAUGCAGACACUACAUGGAGAAAUCAUAGUCGAAUGUCAUGAAGGCUCCAUCAUCAUGUUUUACUGUGUCUUGGGCUACAUGGGCCUCUUGGCUCUUUUCAGCUUCACUAUGGCCUUCCUAGCCAGGAAGUUACCAGACAGUUUCAAUGAAGCCAAAUUCAUUACUGUCAGCAUCGUGGUAACCAAGUUCUACCAACACCUCUUGACUUUAGUCUUUGCCGUGAAAGAGAUCAACAAGGAUCCUCCCAUCUUGCCCAACGUCACUCUUGGAUUCCACAUCUAUGACACCUAUUCUGAUUCUCGAAUGACCUACCGUACCACUCUGGACCUGCUUUUUAAAUUGCAUAAAAUGGUCCCCAACUAUAUUUGUGGAACCGAAAAGAAAAUUGCGGGGAUCAUUGGAGGGAUGAGCCCUGAAACGUCCAUACGCAUGGCAGAAAUAUUGCAGCUUUUCAAGAUCCCACAGAUUUCCUAUGGUUCAUUUCAAUUGACAGUGGCUGAUGAAUCACGUUUCCCCCCUUUUUAUCGCAUGGCCCCCGAUGAAGCUCUCCAGUAUGAGGGUUUAAUCCAGCUCCUCCUGCACUUUGGAUGGAGAUGGGUAGGACUUGUCAUUGUAGAUGACAAACAUGGGGAACAUUUCAUACAAACUCUGGAACCCAUGUUCUCUCAAAAUGAAAUCUGCUCCGAAUUCACCGAAAGGGUUGAGAGAAAUUUCCAUUUUUAUGAAUUAUCUGGGAUAAUUGAACAAGCUGCGCAGCAUAUUACCAUUUUCAAAGAGAAAGUGGCCAAUGCAGUUGUCAUAUACGGAGAAAAUAUAGUCUUUAUGUGGCUCGCCUCUACUAUAGUGCUGACCAAAUUUAUUCUCCCAACAACUUCUGAUUUUUUAGAGGACUUUUGUACGAGAAAAGUGUGGAUCACGAUGGCCCAAAAUGACUUUACAUUACAUUCCUUACAAAGGGUUCUUGAUAUGCAAAUGUUCCAUGGGGCCAUUUCAUUCUCAAUUAGCAAAAAAGAACUUCCAGGUUUCCGACAAUUUGUACAGGCUGUCACCCCAUCUGGGGCAAAUGAAGAUGGCUUUAUGAGAGAUUUUUGGCACCAAGCUUUUGACUGCAUACCACGCAAUCAUGGUGCUUCUCAAGGUGAGGAAUGUACUGGAGAGGAAAGGUUGGAGGACCUUCCCGCACCCUUCUUUGAAACUAGCAUACUUGGUCAUAGUUAUAGUAUCUACAAUGCCGUCUAUGCUUUGGCUCAAGCCUUACAUGCUGCUCACACAAUUAGGACACAUCAGAAGAGACAAAAGGAUGGGGAUCAAAUGCGGUCAAAGAUUGUAGAACCUUGGCAGCUGCCUCCUUCCUCAUUAUGUAAUGACCCUUGUCCUCUGGGGAAAAUAAAGAACAAGAUUGAAGGCCAGAAAUUUUGCUGCUAUGCUUGUGUUCGGUGUCCAGAAAAGAUGAUAUCCAGACAAAUGGACAUGGAGAACUGUGCACGUUGUCCAGAGAAUCAAUUUCCAAAUGAAGCUCAUGAUGAAUGCAUUCCAAAAUCAAUGAAUUUCCUCUCCUUUGAAGAACCACUAGGCAUUACUCUGGUUUCUCUGGCUCUUCUUUUUUCCCUGCUUACAGCUUUGGUGUUUACAAUCUUCAUUAAGCGACAGGACACUCCUAUUGUCAAAGCCAACAAUCGUAAUGUCACUUACCUUCUACUUGUCUCUCUAUUUCUCUGUUUCCUCUGCUCACUUCUGUUCAUUGGACAGCCCAAUAAGGCCACCUGUCUACUCCGACAAACAACAUUUGGCACCAUCUUCUCUAUUGCAAUCUCUUCUAUAUUGGCCAAAACCAUCACAGUUGUUGUAGCAUUCCUAGCAUCAAAGCCAGGAAGCCUAUUCCACAAAUGGGUGGGGCAAAAGUUGGCCUAUUCUAUUAUCUGGUUCUGCUCCUUCAUUCAACUAGGUAUUUGUAUUGUUUGGCUGAGUACUUCUCCUCCAUUUCCAGAUUUGGACAUGGUGACACUCCAUGGAGAAAUCAUAGUUGAAUGUCAUGAAGGCUCCAUCGCCAUGUUUUACUGUGUCUUAAUCUAUAUGGGCUUCUUGGCUCUUCUCAGUUUCAUUGUGGCCUUCCUAGCCAGGAAGUUGCCAGACAGUUUCAAUGAAGCCAAGUUCAUUACUUUCAGCAUGUUGGUGUUCUGCAGUGUUUGGCUGACCUUUGUCCCCACCUACCUGAGCACCAAGGGGAAAUACAUGGUGGCUGUGGAGAUCUUCUCUAUCUUGUCUUCCAGUGCUGGUUUACUGGGAUGCAUCUUCAUCCCUAAAUUCUAUAUAAUUAUAUUUAGGCCUGAGCUCAACACUAGAGAGCAUUUAGUACAUAAGAAAUAG